CGCAGCUGAAAGGGGAGGGGGGUGGGGUGGGGGGGGGACAUAUAAAACUACAGAAUGCCUCUUGCACAAAUCGCGGAGCCAUGGCCCACCAUGGAACUGGUGCAACUGGAAACAGAGAAUGGGCAGAGCACUGCUGAGGAUGGAGUCACAACUGCUGUCAAGACCAAGUCUCGCAUCACCUGGAUAGAGAAGGAUUUUGCUCGUUGUAGAGAGCAGGAAGAUGGAGACAUCAAGGAGAUCAACAUCACCCAUGUGGUCAAAGAGGGCUCGGAGAAAGCCGACGCCUCUCAGUUUGAGCUGCUCAAAGUUUUGGGACAGGGAUCAUUUGGCAAGGUGUUCCUUGUGCGGAAGGUGACCCCGCCUGAUGAUAACCAGCUGUACGCCAUGAAGGUCCUGAAGAAGGCCACGCUCAAAGUCAGAGACCGCGUGAGAACCAAGAUGGAGAGAGACAUCCUCGCAGAUGUCAAUCACCCGUUUGUUGUCAAACUGCACUACGCAUUCCAGACUGAGGGGAAGCUGUACUUGAUCUUGGAUUUUCUCCGAGGAGGCGACCUCUUCACACGACUCUCUAAAGAGGUGAUGUUCACAGAGGAGGAUGUGAAGUUUUAUCUAGCGGAGCUGGCUUUAGGGCUGGACCACCUUCACAGCCUUGGCAUCAUCUACAGAGACCUCAAACCUGAAAACAUUCUUCUGGAUGAAGUUGGACAUAUCAAGCUCACAGAUUUUGGCUUGUGUAAAGAAGCGAUCGAUCACGAAAAGAAAGCCUAUUCCUUCUGCGGUACUGUGGAGUACAUGGCUCCAGAGGUGGUGAACAGGCAGGGGCACACCCACAGCGCCGACUGGUGGUCAUUUGGGGUACUCAUGUUUGAGAUGUUAACUGGAGCACUUCCAUUUCAAGGGAAGGACCGCAAAGAAACCAUGAAUAUGAUUCUAAAGGCACGCUUAGGAAUGCCUCAGUUCCUGAGUGCGGAGGCCCAGUCUCUGCUCAGGGCCUUGUUCAAGAGGAACCCUGCCAACCGGCUGGGAUCAGGUUCAGAUGGUGCAGAGGAGAUAAAGCGGCACGGUUUCUUCUCCACUAUAGACUGGAAUAAACUCUUCCGAAAAGAAAUGAAACCUCCGUUCAGGCCGGCUGUAGCACGACCAGAUGACACGUUUUACUUUGACUCAGAGUUCACAUCCCGCACCCCGAAAGACUCCCCUGGCGUGCCCCCCAGUGCUGGAGCUCAUCAGCUGUUUCGAGGCUUCAGCUUUGUUGCUUCAACUCUGCUGGAGGAGGAAGACUCGGUGGAGACUGUAAAGCCCCCACCUCACCCGGUGGUCCAGCAGUUGCACGGGAAGAACCUUCUGUUCAGUGACGGGUACGUACUGAAGGAGGACAUCGGCAUGGGCUCCUUCUCUGUCUGUAAGCGAUGCAUCCACAAAGUCACCAACGCUGAAUAUGCUGUCAAGGUGAUUGAUAAAACCAGCACAGAUCCGUCUGAGGAGAUCGAGAUUCUGCUCAGAUAUGGACAGCACCCCAACAUCAUAACGCUGAAGGAUGUGUAUGAUAACGGGAAGCAGGUGUACAUGGUGACGGAGCUGAUGCGAGGAGGAGAGCUGCUGGAUCGGAUCCUCAAGCAGAAGUCCUUUUCAGAGCGAGAGGCCAGCUCUGUGCUGCACACCAUCACCAAGACCGUGGAGUACCUCCACUCCCAGGGGGUUGUGCACAGAGAUCUAAAACCCAGCAACAUCCUGUACGUUGAUGAAUCAGGGAAUCCUGAGUCCAUCAGGAUCUGUGACUUUGGUUUUGCCAAGCAGCUGCGUGCCAACAACGGCCUCCUGAUGACUCCAUGUUAUACCGCUAACUUCGUAGCUCCUGAGGUGCUGAAGCGUCAGGGUUACGAUGAAGGCUGUGACAUCUGGAGUUUGGGAGUUUUACUCUACACCAUGCUGGCUGGUUUUACUCCGUUUGCUAAUGGGCCUGAGGACACCCCGAAUGAGAUCCUGAACAGGAUAGGAAACGGUCACUUCAGUUUAACUGGAGGAAACUGGGACACUGUGUCAGAUGCUGCCAAGGACCUCGUGUCCAAGAUGCUUCAUGUGGACCCUCAUCAGAGACUGACUGCUAGGCAGGUCCUCAAACACCCCUGGAUUGUCCACAGAGACAAACUACCCAACAGCCAGCUCCCACACCAGGACCCCAAACUGGUCAAGGGUGCGAUGGCAGCCACCUACUCCGCCCUGAAGAACUCGCAGCCCACUCCAGAGCUCCAGCCCAUUGAGAGUUCCUUCCUUGCUCAGAGGCGCGUCAAGAAGCUGCCCUCCACCUCCCUGUAGAGACUUAACGAUGGGCGAUCAGCUCGCUGGGGUCUGAUCCAGAACCGCACCUUCAGUCUCCACACCUCCCAGUCAGCUUGCUAGAGAUCGUUGGGUCCAGCUUCCGAAAACCAGCUAAGGAGCGCUGACUUUGGUCCCGUCCUCCAUCCUCCUCUGUGUUUGGGCUCAUCAUGCUCCGCUGGAAGCCAAACGACUUGGAGAAGCAAAACAUCACGAUGAUGGACGGGAGCGAGGAUGAGUUUUAAAACAAAAAGGGAAAGGUUGCAGGUUUUUCGCUGAUUUCUUAGUGCCGUGUGGGUGAAUGGUGUGCACGCGUGUUUGCGUGACGGAGUCUGUUUUUGAUAACGAUGAUCAUUGCUGUAACUGGUUGCUGCUGCACGCCUGUCUGCCUGUGUCGUCGGCCGUCUUCCUGUUCCGUUUUUUUUUCUGUAGCGUUGAUGAGCUUUAUAUUCCUGGUUGCACUGCCAGCACAAAACCACCGCAAACCAACCGUCUGCUGUUCAGUGUUUUUCAAAGAGCAUCGUUAAGAUAAAUAUGAAACUUUUUAUUUUAUUACUAUUAUUAUUAUUUGCCAUGAAUGCCUGUUUGGCUUUGGUUCAACCAGAGGAUGUGAUAAAUGUCAAACGCUGAUGUUUUUGGUUAACGUCGAUCGAAACUAGUAUUUGCUUUUACA